AUGAAGCGCGCUGCAAUUUUGGCGCUGCUUUUCGUGGUGGCUGCCCGCGCCGGCGACAAUGCGACGUGUAUCAGAUACAGCCCCGGCUCCGAGCCGGUCGUCCUGCGCCCCAACUUCCACACCGUUGGCCGAUGGUACCUCGAGAAGCUGAGGACCGACUCGAUCAUGCGCCAAGUGUACCAUCGCGUCAACGAAACGAGCUUCAACGAGGGCAUGGCGUACGGUGUCAUCCGCAGCAUGGCCAUCAUGUCCGUCGCCAACCUGAUUCUUGGUGGGUUUUGGUGGAAAAUGCCGGCAAAAACCUUGUCGCAGAUGUCGGCGCUGUGGGUGUUGGCGUACAUGAAUUCGCGGGAGGCGCGUCUCAUCCGACGUCACCAGACGCUGUCGAUGCUGAGGCGGCGAAACGCCGAAGUUCGCCGCCAGAUUGAGAACGAGCUGCACUCGUCCAUCUUCAAGCGCAUCCCGUCGGUGCAGCCGCGGACGACGCCCGCCCGA